GAGAGUGAGUGAGAGAGGGAGGAGGAGUGGCGGCGCUGCACGGCGCAGGGUGGGGGGCUUGCUUCGUGCUCUCUCUCACUCUCUGUGUACAGUUCAAGAUUGCAAGCUCUUCACGUCCACGUUGUGGAGAAAGAGAGAAGCAACUAACCUAUUGGAAAAUAUAACUCAAAAACACGCCGCUCGCUCUUUCUUUCUCCCCACUGCGCACACACACUCAAAACAAGCCAGCAGCCGCGCUUGAUUCACCUCAGCUCCGCUCUCCCCGCCGGUGCCCAGGCUCGUUUUGGAAAGCACUUGGCGCACAGGAUCAUGAGGUAUUUGUUUUGAACUUGGAGCUGGCUUGAACAUAGUCGAAAGUUAACCGGGUCAGAACGGAAUGUCUGUGGAUGAGAAGCCUGAAUCACCCAUGUAUGUAUAUGAGUCAACAGUGCAUUGUACAAAUAUCCUCCUGUGCCUCAAUGACCAGCGUAAGCAGGAUAUCCUCUGCGAUGUGACUGUUCUGGUGGAGAGGAAGGAAUUCCGUGCCCACAGGGCUGUCCUGGCAGCGUGCAGUGAAUACUUCUUACAGACUUUGAUCGGACAAACAGAACAUGAACUGGUUAUCACCCUGCCUGAGGAGGUCACCGCCAGAGGAUUUAGCCCAUUGUUGCAGUUUGCUUACACUGCUAAGCUAUUACUCAGCAGAGAUAACAUCCAAGAGGUCAUGCACUGUGCUGAAGUCCUACACAUGCACAAUCUGGAGGACUCUUGCUUCCGCUUCCUUGAGGCCCAGCUCUUUAAUGAAAAAGAUGGUUUUUUCCUUUACACCAAAAUGGCAACGUUCCAAAAGUCCAAUGUACAAGAUGGGAAUUCCGAUGGUGAGGGAGAACACAUGCAAUCUGACACUCGUAAGAUUACCUGUUCCAGGGACAGAAUAAGUAAAGAGACACUUGGGUUUGAAGCAUCUUCCAGACUAUCUGAGAAAGAACCAGCUGUAAUAUCCAUCCCUGUUACAUCAAAUGAUGAUAUGGGACGCUGCCCAAAAUACAGGAAAUAUCAGCUUGCUUGCACCAAGCAUAUCAGUAGCACACCACAUACCAGUACCUCAGGUUUUCCAAGCACAUAUAAAGAAGACCAGCCAGUCUGUUCUCAACCUCAAGGAUAUAGCAAGGCACAGGUAAAAAUUGAACCACAUGCACCAGAAAUUGCAGCAGAAAAUACUGUUCAGUGCUUGUCUGAAAGUGAACCUGGUGCAAUGGAACAUGCAGUUGCAGAUAAGGAAAUCAACAUUAAGCAGAUGAGUCCAAUGUGUGUUGAUAGACCUAAAAGUAGAACACCUCCUUGUUCAAGGUUCAUUAAAAAAGCUGAUGUAGAAUCUACUGCGAGACAAAAUCCACUGCAACGACCUUUAGACACCAGAACAUCUUGUUCCCUUGAAGAGGGAAUGACUCAGGGUGACCUCAAAACAGAAUACAGGCCUUAUAGCGAGAUCUAUGGACUAUCCUGCACACCUCAGAAAGACAACAAUAGCUUUACUGUUGGAUCCCAACUGACAGGACCAUCUUGUGAAGUGAUUUGCAAACAAGAACUGGAAUCAGACAGAAAGAGUGUUAUAUUUUCCUCUGGUACCUUGGACAGGAUGAACACUCCUGCUGCACAUUCAUAUACUGGUAGGGGCUCACUAGAGGACGAACUUACUGAGCAUGUGCCAAAAGGUUUGUGGAGCGGUACUAGCCAGUCACUUCCAUGUUCACAGACUUGUGUUCCUACUAGACUUGCAAUGGAGCCUUUAUUGCCAUUGAAUUCAUGUAGAAUUCGACCUACCUGUAAAACCAGCUGCCCAGUGCCAAUUAAAGUGUGUCCUCGGUCUCCUCCAUCUGAGACUAGGACCAGAACCUCAAGUUCCUGUUCCUCUUACUCAUUUCCUGAAGAUGGAAGUGGUGGUUCUCCUUGCAGUUUACCCCAAUUUGAAUUGUCCACUUCACCCUGUUCACAAGGAACACGCUUCCUAUCUGCAGAACAGCAAGAGUUAAACAUGAUCGGAGAUGCAAUGUUCAAUCAGUGUAAACCACCAUUAAAAUGUGAGCAGUCAUAUGGCACCAAUUCCAGUGAUGAGUCUGGAUCCUUUUCAGAAGGGGACAGUGAAUCAUGCUCAACUCGAGACAGAGGACGUGAGGUCAAACUUCCCUUUCCAAUUGAUCAAAUCACAGAUCUUCCAAGGAAUGAUUUCCAAAUGAUGGUGAAGAUGCACAAGUUAACCUCUGAGCAACUGGAGUUCAUUCAUGAUGUUCGCCGGCGGAGCAAGAAUCGGAUAGCAGCCCAACGAUGCAGGAAGAGAAAACUGGAUUGCAUUCAGAACUUGGAAUGUGAAAUUCAAAAGUUGCUCUGUGAAAAAGAGAAGUUACUGACGGAAAGGAAUCAGCUGAACGCUUGUAUGGGAGAACUGUGGGAUAAUUUCUCAUGCCUUUGUCAAGAAGUAUGCGGCGAUGUCCAGUUAAACCCAGAUCAGAUACAGUCACUGCACAAGUUUUGUCCAGUCUUUAGGCCGAUGGAUGAACCUGCAGCUACGGGCAGUACCACCUUGCCCCUUGCUGGAUUAGAGCAGAAGAUCUUGAAAACACCAUGCAUUGGAGAUGGUAUGCAGUGCUGCUCAGAGCAGGGAGGAUCCCAUCAUCAGGACCAGUGGUCACCUAGCCAUAAUGCAGAAGUGUGCACGUCAGGAAAUCUGCAAGGGCUUCUCGACCAAGGAACAUGCUCAGAAAGGGGGCCCUCACUCGAACAGUGCAGUCAGACUGUGACGGUAGAUUUCUGCCAGGAAAUGACUGAUAAAUGUACAACUGAUGAACAGCCUAGGAAGGAUUGCACCGAAUGACUUUUUAAUUCUUCCAUUUUAUUUGUUUCCCUUUGAAGUAAGCAGGAGGUUCAAUUGAGACCCAAGCAAAGUUCAUCUGUUGAUGUUUUUCUCUUCAAUGCACACUACAACAGUCUUAAACUGCAGCAAUAUUUGGUCUCGGUAUUAUUCCUCAGAAUGGCUGAGGUUUACCCUCAAUGGUGCUAUACCUUGCUUGUGCAGGGAACUUGACAGUGAUGACACUGUUAUUUUAUGAUUAUUAAUUGUUGUUAUUAGGAUUUCGGCCUUCAUUCUCAAAAAGAAAUGGGUCAACAACCCAUCUUAUCUUGAAGGACCCAAUACAUAGCUCAGUUGUCUUUCAGCAAGCUUGGUGGCCCAUGUCACACAACAACUCAGGAAAUCUUCUGAAUAUUCAACAUAACUCAGUACAUGUUAGAGAUGAUUUUUCAUCUAACACAUAUUUACUGUAACAUACUCCUGCAUCCUGUGUUUUAAUCAUUAGAAUACUGGAACUCACCAUCUGGACUGUACAAAGAAUUUGGUUACAACAUUCCCAUUUUGCCUUCUGCAGAAGCUGACCGAAACCUUUAAGCAUUUAGACAGUUAAGUUUUCACACUCUAGCAAUAUCACCAUCUUUGUACUUCUUUGUAAGGAAAAAAAGGAUUAAUUUGAUGUCUUUAUGAUGUAAAUUAAAAUGAUAGGACAUCUCUGGCACUGCUUUGAAAGGUGCCUUUUGAGCAGGGAAGAUUUGUUAUUAUUGCUGAUGUAGAACAAUAAUAGUCAAAACUGCCACUUGCACUCUGUCAUUGGAUUUUUGAUUUCCUACCUAGUACAUUGCAUGCGUAUGUUUAAAAACAAAGAAAAAGUGUUCAGAAUAAUAUUAUCAAAUUAUCUACCUUCCCUACCAAACCUAGCACUGAGAGCUAAUCCAAUUUACUGUAGCCACUGACAUACUCAGAAGUAAUCUGGAAUGACCAAUAACAGUUUAUUUUAAAUUAAGCUCUUGGUAUUAACCAAUAUUUCCAUUUUUAGCUCUUUAAAAUUACGCCCAAAGAAUCUUCCGGUUGGAGAACAAGUUAAACACUGAUGUGGAUGGAUAUAAAUGCACUAGUCACUGAAAUUAAGUAAAGUAUGUACAAACUUUUGAUAAUUUAUAUAAUUAAUUUGUUUAAUAUACUUCUCAAAUUACUAUAUUUAUAAUAUCCCUGAAAUCAAAUUUUCACUAAAAACAAAACCAGCCACCCGUUCCUAGAUCAUGCUUCUGUUACUUUCUUAUUAUCUGUGCAUAAGGGUCUCUCCCAAAAUCACCUUUUCAAUUCCUCCCCUUUUUUUCCUAUCAAAACAACCAUUUCCCCAUUUAAGCAGUCUCUUAGUAACCUACCCUGUGUCACAGUAAUCCCGGUGCACAAAUUUCACCUUAAACAGAGCUCUCCCACCUCACGUUAAUAUUUGAAAUUCCAACCUUGCUGGAUGAUCAUUCAAGGGACCAGGUGAAAUGUUUGUCUUUCCAAUCUGGGUUCAUCAAAUCCACUGAAAAAGAUGGCUCAUUAAUCAGUCCUAAUUUAUCUAAGUCACUUCUGAGCGAAAGUCAGUUGUAGAAAUUAAAUAGUUGAAUGUUGCAGUGGUAAAUACACUUCCAAAGUAGUUCAUUGGAUGUAAGGAACUUUGGACAACCUGUGGUUGUGAAAAGUGGUGUAUUAACAGUUAAUGUAAGAAGUAAUAAAAGACAUUAUGGGAGAAAUAGGUUGCAUCACUGCAAUGUUGUAAAGAAUUAUGUAUCCCAAGUUCCUGUCCCUAACUUAAUACUUAAAAAGAUAAAUCAUUCCUUCUAACUGGUGUUAACAUUAAGAGUGCUGAAUUGGUGAUGUACUUUGGUGUUCAGUACAAACAACUUUUCUUACUACUGAGAGCAACCCGAGCAACUAUGAAGUCUGACAUAACUGAGAUUUGGAACCAGUUCGUUAAUGUUGGGAGAGGACAACAUUAGAAACUACAUUGAAAACAAAAAGCCCCACAUCCCUCGGGUCAAUAGUGGAAAUAAAUAUAUGGAACCUAAUUUGCAUCGUACAAUCUGACAGUCUAUACUAACAGCGGUUGUAUUAAGUAAAUUUUGUUACUGAUUAGUCCGAAAACUUUGCAGCUAUAAAAAUAUAAUUUCAAAGAUGUUCAGACAAUUCUAAGAAAUGUAUCUAAAAUAUCUUGAUCAUAAAACAACAUUGUUUUCUUGAAAUUCAGCACAUAUUCAUUUCGUCUGACAUGUUUGCAAGUGCCAGUUUUUACUUUGCAAGUUUUAUUUGAGAGCUCAACUUUUUUUUCUGAUGCAGCUAGGUGUGUUUAGCAGUUACUAUUGCUGAACAACACUUCCAGUUUCCAAAAACAGGAAAUGUGAACUUUUGUCAAGCUCAUGCAUUUCAAACCACUGCUCAAACAGCAUUUUUUAUGCUUCAGGAAAAUUAAGCUUAGUAUCCAUAAUUUAGCAGUAAACAGUUUGCAUAUUUGCUUAAUUAAUUAUAUAACCAUUUUUGUAACUAUUCUGAGUCCUGUUACAUACAAAACUGUUAUCAGGUGAUUAACAGGAAGCAUUAUUUAUCUCCCGAGUGUUCUUGUAUUACACAGUACCCAGACAACCUCAUUUCAUUCAGUUAUAUAUUGUUGACAAGUUAUAAAAGUCAGAUUAGGUAUUUCUGUUCAUAAUCUAAAGGUGCCUUCUUUUAUUUCAAAUUGAUUCUGGAACAAACUAUUCUUUUUUCAUCAGCUUAGUUCAGUACUUCUUUUCACAUAUGUAAAUACUGUGAGAUUUAUGAGGUAUAAGAUGAACUGUGUACAGUACAACAUAACUCUUGUUAUUGCUGAAAAGAAAAACGUGUUGAAGGUAUUCAUCUUGCAUUCAUCAGGACAAAUGCAAGAUUGCAAAAUUUCAAACAACCUCAAUUUUUACCAUUUCCAGAAAUGGAUGAUGAUUGGUUGGCAAGUUGACUGUCAUUGACGGAGAGCUCCUUAAGCUCCCUGACAAAUUCUUGCUAAUGUGUUGUCCUUGUGAAGAUCUUUAAUUUGUCUAUACUGAACAAGAAGUCCAUGUAUUGGAGUUCAUCACUGAAAAGUACAAUGAUAUUUCUGUCUGGGGGAAUGUAUUCUACAGGACACAUAGCCAAACACCAGAUUUUAUAUGCAGUAUGUAAUCAGCCAGUCAAAAAAAUGGAUGAUUUUUUUUAAAUGUGUUUUCUUUUUGUGUACAAGGCCUAGCAAAUUCUCUGUUUUCUCUGAACUACAAAGGAUGACAUACAUUUACUAGAUUUUUUUACACUUUAUAAGCUGACCAAAGUAUUACAUUCAGUGUUUUGAGAAUUUGCCCCUCUAAAAGUGCUGGUCUCAGUGCUUCUUCCUUUUUAGCAUGUUAAUUUAUUACUUGCCAAUUCUAUUCCAUCAUCUUGAAUAAAUAGUUCCACCACAACAAAAAAAUCAAAACGUGCAGCCCCCAAUUUCAAUUCUAGUUGGUUACUUGAUCUGAGCUGGGACAGUAGAUGGAAUAUGACAGAUAACUUCAUUGCUCCAGGAUUGAAAAUAGGAAAAUGUACUAGGCAUGUCAUUGCUGGUUGAUGUCCAACAAUUCUAGUGUAAAUAUCAGUGUGGAUAUCAGGUUAGGAUAGGAUCAGGCUUGGAUUUGCUUACAAAAAGUUUAUCUACAUUCACUGCUGAGAGUCAAAUGUGAAUGAUGACCACUAGUGGAGCCAUAUCCUUGUAUGGAGGCAAUAACUAUUGACAGGGAACAGAACAAAUAAAAACUGAAUAUAUCUUGUUCACGGUAUACGUUAGGAUUGGAAUAGAUGUGCAGAAUAUUUGAAUGAAUCCUGUCGGCAGCACAUGGUAAAUUCCAUUUAAAAUAAAUCUCUGCUGAUUGAAAUCAAAGACAUUGUUCCAUAAUGGCAAUUCAAUCUGAUAAUGUAAUUGAGCUGAAUUAGCAUGAAAAGUCUAGAUUCUUAUGGAUAUUUUGCACUGUGGACUGGUUAGUUUUAAAGUUUCAUCUCAGCACUCUGUUGUACUAAAAUCAUUUAACAUUUCUGCUGUAGCUUAGGAGUACCAUUCGCUGUAAUUUUAAUUGCUGUUCUAAAAUUCCUGAUUUUCUUUUUCCCUUUCUUUCUUAUAUCUAUUUUGCCCUUUGUUUUUACAUCAUCAACUUCUCUUUCUCCCUCCCUCUUCAAAAACCACUAUGUACACUUGAAUUUGUACUACAUCACUUAGAAUUGGCUCUGAGCCAAUCACCAGUUGAAUGCUCAAAGUCAGCUUGUCAGACUGUCAAUCUGGGUGAUUUUUAUCCAAUCAUAUUAGCAGAAUGUUUGGUAAAACUUUGGAUAUUUGGCUAUUUUAUGGAAAAGCAAACAGUAAAAGUUAGUAACAAUAAAGGUAGGUGAAAUCAGAAGUGCUCAGGAUUUUAGUGCAUUCAAGUGAAUCACUGUGGAAUUUGUAUCCCUGCUAACGUUAGUUCAACUUUCUCUUAAUUAACCAUAGAAACUACCCUAAUCCUAUUCCCUGAUGUCCUCAAGACUCAAAUCAAUGGAUUCUGAUUUAAAAACAAGUGUUGAAAAUCUUUUGCUACCAGCUGUUAUAAAAAGUAUUCUAAUGUUUGAAAAUCAAUCUUUGUCAUUAACAUUUUCAUCAUCCAGUAAAAUGCCAAUAUACAAUGAUAAGUAAAUACAAUGUGAAUUUUUUGCCUGUUUUAAGUAUGGAUUUAGAUGCCUCAUUGAAAAUCUUGAAUGGGUAAAACAUUAGCACAGGUUUUUGGGAUUCAGUUUAUGAUCAAAGAGAUUUGUUGAUCUGUUGGCCUACUGAACCUCCUCCUGGUCAAUGCUUCAAGCUAUACAUCUCAAUAUUACCUAUUUUUAUUGUUGCCUUGUAGCAUUUUGAUGUAUUAAAGCUGCAAUAUAAAUGGGAGUUGUUACAGUUGUGUUGAGGGGCCUCUCCUCCUUUCCCAGCUCCAAAGGUGCCUGUCUUUGCUUGGCCCUAAGCUCCUAGCAUUUAGAAUCUCAGGAGUGCUUAUAGUGACUGUAGUAGCCGCUGCUUUGAGUGGAGCUUCUGGGACCAUAAAGCUACAGGCCAAUCAGAAUGACUGGCAUCUAAGGUAUGGCUUAUCCCCAGUGAGAACCUCUACCCAAUUAACACUCUAUUCAAAUUAACCAUGCCAUCCAAAAAAUCCGGCCAUCAUAUAAGUUAGAAAAGAAAACGUUUGUGGAGUGUGAAACCAACUUCUUGAAAGAGUAGUUAAGAGCAGGAAGCCUCAAUGCAUUCAAAAAAUACUUCAAAGCUGUAUUACCUACAACACUGUGGACAAUGUGCUCGCUGCUGGCAUAAGAUUAGACAGUCCUUUUCAUCUGCAUGGAUACAUUAGGAUGAAUGCCUCAUUCUGUGGCAUAAUAUUUUGUUUCUAUAUUAAAACUCUUAAUUUUUUCUCUUUUGGUUUAUAAUUCUAGAAAAUGGCCUCAUGCAAUAUGACUUGAUUAUGGGUCACCACUAAGGUUCAAGUCAGCUUUUCACACAAAGAACAUGUUGUCAUAUUAUUCUUUAAGGAUUUCCUAUUUCUAUUUCCAAUAUAUGUAAGUUUCGUUUUAAUUUCAGUAUUUGCUGUAUGGCUUCUAGAACUAAUGUGAUUUACACUCCAAAGGGGAAAUGUUACUUCCCAGGAAAGGGGAUUCUAAUUUGGACUUGCAGAGGCCAUUUUACUGACUUGGACUCUUCUGUAUCCUGCCAGUCCCGCUUCACACUCAGCAUUGACAUCACUGGUUUCUGACCCUGGAAGGUAUAUAAGCCAUAAGUUACUGGGGUGGAGGGAAUGCAAUUUGAAUUGGAUUUCAACAAAUCAUGAGGAUCAUCAUGCUGGCAACAGCCCAGAUGUCCCUAAAGUCCCACUAUCUUGUAAGGCUUAAUGAGCUGGCCUGGCAGAAUUUCCCCUGCUCAGUAGGCUACUAAAGCUUAAUCAGGAUCCCAUGAAAGUGGUAAUUCAAAUGAACUUUGAGUCUGCUGACAGUGAACAGAUCAUCAGCAACAACAGAAACAUUAAGAUGACUCGAGCUUAGAGUCUGAGCAGGAAUUUUAAAUCUAGCUCGUCUUGGAUUCCAUCAGGCCAAGGAAUUAGAAAUUCCCAUCCAGUAAGUGGAAAUCAGUCUAAGAGAGUCAUCAAAUAUUUAUCAAUACAGUUACGCAGACAAGUCACGUUUAUCUGCUCAGUAUUCAAAUUAGGUCAAUUCACAAUAAUGAGGGGAAAAUAAAACCUUAGAAAAUCUUUUUCUACAACUUGACAACCGUUAUAACUGACAUCAUUUUAUAACGAAAGUGCUACUCAUUGACUUUUUUUAAAUGUGAUACUGCAGCAAAAAGACGUAUUUGUUCCUGAGAGAAUAAGUACCUCCUGCAUUCAUCAGGUUGUCAUAUAUGUUUUUCUCCAGGGCAACAGUUAUUUUUUUCACCCAUUACCAUUCUGAAAUACUGCCACUACCAAGUGAGGUUGCUGUGAUCUUUUUCAGCCAUGUAAAAGGCCCUAUUAAUUUUAACAAAACCAUUUGGUAUUUGUUAUUUAUGCUAUGGCAUGUCAGUGUAAAUUUGUUAUUUUUUUAAUUUUCUUUUGUGAACAGGAAGGAUUUUUCCGUAACUAUAAUGUGAUGUGAUAACAUGCAUUGCUACUUUAACUGCUGGUAUUAUGUAAUGUAUAAAAUAGACAGCUGCAGAAUUCCUGUCAAAUUCUGAAUAACAGGUGAAGUGACUUAAAACUAAGUAGUCAACAGUGUGUGACUUAGGAAACCCUUUGUAUUACAAAUAGUUCGUUCCAGAAACAUAUUGGAAUCAAAUGCACCUUCACUCUUGCCUUAUGUAACAUGGAAUACUCUGGAGGCCAUAUUCAUGAUGGGAUGGAAAUCAUGUAAAUGGGGCCAGGGGUAAAACAAUCCCUGUCUCAGCAGCGAGAGACAUUCUCUCGAAUGACACAUAUCUACCUGUAUAUUGCUCCGUACCUCUCAUACUUGGUCAAUGACUGUUAUCAUCAGGUGUAUUUUCUACAUACUUUUUACACAAAUUCUGUGUGAGAUAAAUGUAGUAAGUAGAUUCAUGACAUCGUUUCAACGUUCCAAGUCUGAAGCUUGUAGUUGAAUUAUUUUUAUCCCAGGUGACUGUUUUCUGCGGUAUUUUUACUGUCAUUAUCACAUAGGUGUAAACGCUUUUUGUUAAAGAGAAAAAUAUUGUUGGAAUGAAGUUUUAAAAAAUUCACAGUGUAAAUACAGUAUUGUGGAAGAACUUUCAGUUGAACUGCUAGUGUUAAAAAAAUUUUGUCUAGACAUCAUUUCUGUUGAAAUAAAUGACAUAUCAUUACAUAGCAUAAGAGUUCUAAUUGUUAAGUGUAUUGUAAUUGCUAUUGGUUGUCCACAGCCAUAAAUCAACUUGAGUAAAUUACUCUUUACUCAAUUAAAACAAUGCACACUUUUGUUUUAA